AUGCAAACCGGCCUCGCCCGCGCGCUGGUAUUGGGCGCGCAGUGGCUGCUCACAGGGACCGGGCCGGGGUCCACGCCCCAUUCCCAGGUGACCGCCUUCACGCGCCACGACGGGGGCGCGGGCCGAUCCGACAUCCAGUAUCUGUUCUCGCCUGCCGGCUUCGACCUGUCGGAGGAGGGGCCGGUCCUGUUCGACCGGCCGGCGGUCACAGGGCUGAUCAACGUGCUCCGGCCCUUCUCCCGCGGCUGGGUACGGCUCGCCUCAGCCGAUCCGUUCGCGCAACCGGCGAUCCAGCCCAACCUCUUCGCCGACGAGCGCGACCUCGAUCUGCUGCUCGCCGGUGCCAAGCUGCAACGCCGGAUUUUCGAGACCGAGCCCUUGUCCCGCUCUAUCGUCGGUCACUAUCGGCCCAGCACCGACGUGCAGAGCGACGACGAGUGGCGCGCCUAUCUGCGCGAGAGCGCCAUGAGCGCAUACCACCCGGCGAGCACCUGCAAGAUGGGCCACGAUCCGAUGGCCGUCGUCGACGACCGCCUGCGGCGGCAAUCUCCACGCGACCUGCGUCAUGAUCGGUGA